AUGGCGCUCCUUGCUGAAGAGACGGGCUUCGACAUGAAGAGCCUUCGCGACAUGGAGCGUCGUUUCCUGCACGAGAGCCCGUCUGGGCAAAUCGCGGAAGACGAGUUUGUGCAAUUGUUUGUGCCGUAUUUGUCUGCGCAUCACGGGCGCGGGUUUGCGAGACACGUGUUCCGGGCGUGUGACAUGGACGGGAACGGCAGGAUGGAUUUUCGCGAGUUCCUCAUUGCCCUGCAACUCACGAGUGCGAAUGACCCGCAGGAGAAGAUCAUGUGGCUUUUCCGCAUGUACGACAUCAACAAGGACGGCAUGGUCACUUUGAAUGAGGUUUCGUUUCAUUUGCGAUUGGGACAGCUGUGGAAUUUUUUGUUUUGUUUGUAUGUUGCGUACAUGCGUCAUUUCGUGAUGCCAAUAUCGGCACUUGGUACUCGAGAGGUGCUCACAGUGCUCAGCAGUUUGUCAGAAAUUGUCACCCUGGCUGAGGCCAAAUUGCUGAUGGAAAACGCGUUUGAAAUCUUCGAGAAAUUCGAUUUGAACAAGGACGGUCAACUGUCUCUGGAUGAAAUCUUGGAAGCUGGCUUUCCAGCCAAAUCGAAGGAUGCAGUUUCAUCGAAAGCAAAGGAUUUGGGAGUUGACAAGAAAGAAAGUGGGGAUGCGGCUGGGACGAAACCCUCUGCCGGAGGUAAACAUGCUGUCCCGCAAAAAGCUUACGGAAUCGCAGAAGAAAUCGCACUUCAAGAUGCCAUCAGUUACACGGUUGCCGUCGGCAUUGUGGACAAGUUGGCUCAGUACAUAGCCUGUGUUCAGGGCCCCAUCAACGGAGAUUCCACCAGCUGCUGGGAAGCUGGGUUGAUUGCCGCGAUUUAUGGGUCCUCUGACGGCAGGCAAAAGAUUGAUCUCACGUUCAGCAGCUUCGUUGAAAAGGCUUUACUCUUUGUGACUGCGAUGACGAAGAUACUGGGUGAUUUGCACCCGUGUCCGAUUACCCCGGAAGGAGCCAAGAACAUUGCCGAUCCCACGAGCCUGUUGCCGACGAUUCAGUUGACCGAACUGGUGAGCAGCAUCUCGUUGUUGUACGUGCUGGUUGUGCAUCAGCAGUCCCGGCCGCCGUCUGAGACUGGGAGUCUCAUGGCGCCGUUUUCAAACGCCGCCUUGGCCCUGGUGCUCACAGUUACAUCAUUCCUCAACUCUGUGGCUCGUCUUCAUCCGUACAUGCUGCAGGGUGUCCUGGGAGCUGAAGGACUGAAUUUGCAGUUUCGUCACAUUGCCUCGUACCUUUUGUGGUACUGUUCGCAGUGGCCUCACGAGGACGACACUAGUGUUCGAAAAGAGGACUUGCUAAAGAGUGUCAUUUGGCUGAUUGGAUAUUUUGCCGUGGGCAACGCGGAAAAUCAAAGCAUCAUUCAGAGCGGUCAAAUGCCCAGCGUUUUGCAUCAACUCUGUUCCCUGCCGCUGCCGUAUUUCACGGAUAAUUCCAGGAAGAAGAUCUUAUAUCCCACGCUCAUUGCUUGCAUUUUAGACAAGCCCAUGAACGCGAAAAUCGUCGAGGAAGAAGUUGCUCUGGAGACCUUGAAAGAGUACUUGCAUAGUACGGAAUGCACCAGUUUGCAUCUUAUUGAGCUGAUCAAGGUUCGAGCGCUUGCGAGUGAAGAAUGGAAGCUCAAGGGUCGAGGAAUACUCACUGACCACCACCUUAACAUUGAUGCCGAACAACCCGCGAAUGUCUGACCUUUGCUGCUGGAGGGCAUUUGUCUGCUGAAUUUCGCAGUGAUGCCGAGAUUGAUUGAAUGCGUUUUCGGAGUUUAGAGAAAUGCGAACGUCUCAUCGUGCUUUAUGACGGUUUUUUCCUGGUUGCUUGCGGAUGUGAUAUCCUCUUGAGGUGCUCGACUUUCGGACAUUUCGAGUGCCGAUAUAAAUUUUUUUUUUAGGGAGGUGUCAAUCUUUUCGACUUUUGGAAUUACUGCGAAUUUUAAGGAGUUGCUGUAACGUGAAGGACUGGGAUGUUGUCUUUUGUUCGAGAUAAUUUGACUCGUUGCGUUUUCUGAAUUUAUCCCGUUUAUCAUCGGAAUAGUUGAGAUUAAUUAUUGACGACCGCAGAUCUUUUUUUUUUCUGCAUAGCGAAGAGUUGAUUUCGAUGUCAUGAAUACAGUAUUUGAACGGGAAGAAUUGGUUGUUUCUGUUAUGAUAUGAUUCGGUCAUAGAGCUUUGGCAUGGAAUUGAUGAUGUGAUGAUGAAGUAUCUUAUGUUUUUCGAGGGCUAUAGCUGCUGGAAUGUUUUUGAAAUGGAAUUGCAUGCAGCAUUCUGAUGAACUAUUGAGGCAAUGAGUUCAGUGAAGUAAUAAAUUUAUGUUGAACUGAUCAAGAA